AUGGGUGACCUGCAGUAUCUGCAGGUUCAACGGGCGGCUGUAGCUGAUCCGGCGACACUUGCCGCAUGGGCUCAGAAGAAAUUGUGUUGGGUACCAGAUCAAAAUGAGGGAUUUUUGUUAGGAUCCAUCAAGUGAGUGAAGUUUGAUUUGGGAAUAGGGGUGUCACAUUUCGUACUGUAGAUUUUGUAGAAGUACUGUAGAUUUUGGCACAAUUAAUUAUCGAAAUUCCAUUUUCAAAAAUUACAACUCUGAAAAUAAUUCAGAGCGUGACAAAAUUUGAAAAAGUCUCUAAAAAUUUAAGCAAAUUUGAAACACGUAAAAAUUUUCAGCAUUGUCUAGUUUAGGCUUUUUCUGAAACCGGAGUUUUCCAGAAAAAUCUAAUUUUGAUUUUUCACAUUAAAUUUUAGUUUUCAAGGUUUCUAUUAAUAUUAUGAGAUUCUAGAAAAGUUUCACAAUAUUCUGGAAUUUUAAAAUUUUGCCACGUCAACUCAUGUUCUAAUUCGAUUCUGAUGUGAAUUUUUUUGCAAAAUCAAACUGAGUAGCUUUUUUCAGCAUUAGUCAUUUCAUAAGUUUAGAAGUUAUUCUGAAUCCGAUGUUUUAUUCAGAAAAAAAAAACAUUUUUUUCCCAAAAUUCUAACAAAAAUUAGGAAACUUUAGGAAAGUUCCACAAAUUUUUGAAAUUAUUUGAAUUUUGCCACGUCAUAACUCAGUUCACAGUUGACUAUAACCAUUUCUAACAUCAGGAUCCUGAUCAACGGAUUUGAAAUCUCUUAGAGCCUGAAAAACCAUAUUUCCCCUUCCCUAGAUCCAUUUUUUUUCCGAGAAAAUCAAUAUUUCGGAAUUAAAACAAAACAAAAAAAACAUUCGACCACACACUCACACACUUUCAAGGUUAAUGGGAAUAAUCCCCCCACUUCAACCUAUCAAACAUCAAUUUAUUGUUAUGUUUUCAAAUUUCUUGAAAAGGGACCACCCAUAUUGUUUUAUCAAUAAAGACCACCAAAUUUCUAGAAUGUACAUAUUUUUCUCAAAAACCAAUUCGGUUUGACACAUUUCUGAGUGUGUCAUAUAGAUUAUUAUUUUAUUUGUCAGUCAGUCAGCGGGUUUUCGUAUUGGGUGGUAAUAUUUGUUUAACACACAUAUUUUUCUUUGAGGUUGUGAAACAUACUUGACAGCCAGUCAACCAGCAAAAAAAUAACAAGGGGUUUGUUUUUGUAGAAAUCAGACGAAUGAUGAAGUUCUCGUGGAAUUGUGUGAUUCUGGGCGACAAGUUACGAUAAGUAAAGAUGAUGUGCAGAAAGCGAAUCCGCCGAAAUUUGACAAAGUUGAGGAUAUGUCAGAGUUGACUUAUUUGAAUGAAGCAUCGGUUUUGCAUAAUCUCAAGGAACGAUAUUAUAGCAGUCUUAUUUAUGUAAGCAAGAAUUUUGUAUUUUUUAAAGAAGGAGGCUGUGUUAGAAGGUUUUUGAGCUUUCGAGCCUAGUUAAAGAGCUCUUAAUUUCGAAAAAUUGCCUCCACAAGCUUGACUGAACAGAAUUUUCAAAAAACCUUUUUCAGACAUAUUCUGGUCUCUUCUGCGUUGUCAUCAAUCCCUACAAACGUCUCCCAAUUUAUUCCGAAAGUUUGAUCGACGAAUUCAAAGGCAAAAAACGACACGAAAUGCCACCACACAUUUUUGCGAUUGCUGACACCGCAUACCGAUCGAUGCUUCAAGAGCGAGAAGAUCAAUCGAUUUUAUGUACCGGAGAAUCGGGAGCUGGUAAAACUGAGAAUACCAAAAAAGUUAUUCAAUAUUUGGCACAUGUUGCGGGAGCAACUAGAAAUAAAGGACAAGCUCCACCAAAUGGACCACAAAAGGUAUGAAAACCAGAAAUUUUUAUAGAAUUUUGAAAUAUAAAAAAUAAUCUGGAGAUCCUAAAUAAAAUGAUAGUUUUAGCUAGUAGUAGAUCCGCGAAGUCCAAUCGUAAGUUUGUGUUGUUAAUUUUUCAUUGUGAUUUGAUUUGAUUUUGAAGUGUAGUGUAUUUAUUUCAAAACUUGUAAUAAUUCAGUACAAAAACUGUCAUAUUUUACAUAUAUGUCAAUUAUUUUCUCUCAUGCUGUAUUUAACAAAAAUGUCUUUCUCUCAAAAAUUAACAUAACAUUGUGCUCUAAAAUGUGAAAAAAAUGCUCGAUCUUAUUGAAAAAAAUGCUUUCAACAAGCUUUUACCCGAGCAAAACAUCGUGAUGUGCGUGUUUGUGUAUUUAUGAACCUGAUAUUAAUUAAAAUUAAAAAUAAUUAAAAUUUCAGGGCGAAUUGGAGCACCAACUUCUUCAAGCUAACCCAAUUCUUGAAGCUUUCGGUAACUCGAAAACUGUGAAAAAUGACAAUUCUUCACGUUUUGUAAGUUAAUUCGAACUCUUGAAAUUCUGAAAUUUCAAAAAAAAAUAUUUCAGGGUAAAUUCAUUCGAAUCAAUUUCGAUAUGUCUGGUUAUAUCAGUGGAGCAAACAUUGAAUUCUAUCUCCUCGAAAAAUCUCGUGUACUUCGACAAGCUUUUGAUGAGCGAAGUUUUCAUAUUUUCUAUCAGAUUUUGAGAGGAUGCAGUGCACAAGAGAAAAGUAAUUAGAUGAAAAUUUUCAGAAAAAAAUCAUCAUUUUCCAGAUGAAUAUUUAUUGGAGAGUGUUGAUAAUUAUCGAUUUUUGGUGAAUCACGGAAUCACUUUACCAAAUGUUGAUGAUGUUCAAGAAUUCCACAGCACAAUUAAAUCGAUGAAAAUUAUGGGUUUCGCUGAUGAUGAGAUUUCUUGUAAGUUCACAAGAUAAAUUUUGAACUGGGAGUGAUUUCAAGAAUUUCUGAAUUGAACCAGGGGACUAUAAAUUUUCUAUAAAGCCAAAUUCUUAGGCUUCUGAAGCUCCUAGUUCUCAACUAUCCCCCUUUCCACAAUCAAAACCCCUUCUUCCAGCAAUUCUCCGUGUUGUCUCUGCUGUUCUCCUCCUCGGAAACCUCGAAUUCUUCCAAGAGAAAAAAUCCGAUCAAGCAAUCCUCCCAGAUGAUCGAGUCAUCCAAAAAAUCUGUCAUUUACUCGGCCUCCCAGUCAUUGAAUUGAGCAAAGCUUUCUUGAGACCAAGAAUCAAGGUUGGAAGAGAAUUCGUCAACAAAGCUCAAAAUAAAGAGCAAGCUGAAUUUGCUGUUGAAGCUAUUGCAAAAGCUUGUUAUGAGAGACUUUUCAAAUGGUUGGUCACCAGAAUUAAUAAGUCACUUGAUAGAACUCAUCGACAAGGUGCUUCUUUUAUCGGAAUUCUUGAUAUUGCUGGGUGAGUUUUUUUUUUGAAAAAAUUUUUAAUAUCAUGUUUUAAUUCUGUUUUUUUUUCAGUUUCGAAAUCUUUGAUAUCAAUUCAUUUGAACAAAUUUGUAUUAACUACACCAAUGAGAAACUCCAACAACUUUUCAACAACACAAUGUUCAUUUUGGAGCAAGAAGAAUAUCAAAGAGAAGGAAUUGAAUGGGAUUUCAUCGAUUUCGGAUUAGAUCUUCAACCAACAAUUGAUCUUAUUGAAAAACCAAUGGGAGUUUUGGCAUUGCUUGAUGAAGAAUGUUUGUUCCCAAAAGCAAAUGACAAAACAUUUGUUGAGAAAUUGCAAAAAACUCACACCAAACAUCCAAAAUUCAUUGUUCCCGAUAUGAGAUCAAAGAGUCAUUUUGCUGUUGUUCACUACGCUGGUCGUGUCGAUUAUUCGGCUGAUCAAUGGUUGAUGAAAAAUAUGGACCCAUUGAAUGAGAAUGUUGUUAGUCUUAUGCAAAAUUCAACUGAUUCGUUUGUCGGUGGAAUUUGGAAAGAUGGUAGGUUCUAUGAAUAAUUUUUAGAAAAAAAAAUCAUUUAUGUUUUUCAGCUGAAUUCGCCAGUAUUUGUGCUGCUGAAAUGAAUGAGACCGCGUUUGGAAUGAGAUCAAGAAAGGGAAUGUUCAGAACUGUUUCACAAUUGCACAAAGAGCAAUUGACUCGAUUGAUGACAACACUUCGUAACACAUCUCCACAUUUUGUUCGUUGUAUCAUUCCAAAUCACGAAAAGAAAGCUGGAAAAAUCAACUCAAAUCUUGUUUUGGAGCAAUUGAGAUGCAAUGGUGUUUUGGAAGGAAUUCGUAUUUGCCGUCAAGGUUUCCCGAAUCGUGUACCAUUCCAAGAAUUCCGUCAUCGAUAUGAGAUUCUGACACCAGAUGUGAUUCCAAAACAUUUUAUUGAUGGAAAAGAAUCUGUUAGAAAAAUGAUCACUGCUUUGGAUAUUGAUUCGAAUUUAUAUCGAAUUGGUCAAUCAAAAGUGUUCUUUAGAACUGGAGUUUUGGCUCAUCUUGAAGAAGAAAGAGAUUUGAAAUUGACUGCUUUGAUCAUGAAUUUCCAAGCUCAAUGUAGAGGAUUUUUGUCGAGAAGACUUUACAUGAAAAGAAUGCAACAAUCGAGUGCAAUUCGGGUUAUUCAAAGAAAUGGUCUUGCUUAUCUCAAACUUCGUAAUUGGCAAUGGUGGAGAUUGUUCACCAAAGUCAAGCCACUUCUUCAAGUUACUCGAACUGACGAUGAAAUUCGCGCUAAAGAUGAUGAGCUUCGCGCAACCAAAGAACGACUUAUCAAAAUGGAAACCGAUUUUAAGGAUAAUCAAAAGAAAUUGGAUCAAGUAUUGGUUGAACGCACAGUUAUUCAAGAACAGCUUCAACAGGAAGCCGAGAAUAGCGCCGAGUUAGAAGAAAUUCGCAAUCGUCUACAAAGCAAAAAAGACGAGCUCGAGUAUGUGGUCAAUGAAAUGCGUGAUCGAUUGGCUGAAGAAGAGCAAAGAAAUGAGAAGGUCCAUGAAGAACGACGAAAACAACAAGAAACUGUUCGAGAUUUGGAGGAGCAAUUAGAACAAGAAGAGCAAGCUAGACAAAAGCUUUUGUUGGAUAAGACAAAUGUUGAUCAGAAAUUGAGAAAUCUUGAAGAACGUCUAGUUGAACUUCAAGACGCUUAUGAUAAAUUGCUCAAAGAGAAGAAGAUCCUUGAAGAAAAAGUUGAAGCACUCACAACUCAACUACUUGAUCAUGAAGAACGUGCCAAGCAUGGAAUCAAAGCCAAAGGUCGUUUGGAAAAUCAAUUGCACGAAUUGGAACAAGAUUUGAAUCGUGAGCGACAAGUUCGCGCUGAAUUGGAUCAACAAAAACGAAAACUUCUUGCUGAAUUGGAUGAUAGCAAAGAUCAUCUUGAAGAGAAAAUGGCUAAAGUUGAAGAGCUCAAUAAUCAAUUGAUUAAGAGAGAUGAAGAACUUCAAAAUCAAUUGACUAAAUAUGAUGAGGAAUCUGCAAAUGUUACAUUGAUGCAAAAACAAAUGCGAGAUAUGCAAACAACAAUUGAUGAAUUGCGUGAAGAUAUUGAGACAGAAAGAAAUGCCAGAAAUAAGGCCGAAGUGACAAGAAGGUGAGUAUUUUUGUUUGAACAAUACCUGUCUCACAGUUGACAGGUAGAUUUCUAGAUAGUUAGAAGUAAUUAUAAUUAUAUUUUUAUUCUAAUAUGACUCUAUAUGCUUUUCCAUUCAGAGAAGUUGUUGCACAACUCGAAAAAGUGAAAGGAGAUGUUCUUGACAAAGUCGACGAGGCUACAAUGCUUCAAGAUUUGAUGUCGCGAAAAGAUGAAGAAGUCAAUAAUACCAAACGUGCUUUGGAACAAGUUCAACAUGUUCUUGAAGGAAAGAUGGAGGAGCAAAAAGCCAAGUUCAAUCGGCAAAUUGAAGAUCUUCAUGAGCAAAUUGAGCAACAAAAGAAAGCCAGAGGACAAUUGGAGAAAGUUCAAUUGCAAGCCGAACAAGAUAGAGUAAGUACAAUUUUUUAUCUGCAAAAAAAACAAAAAAUGUUUUUAGGCUGACAUGGUUCAAGAAAUCGCGUUGCUCCAAUCAAGCAGAGGUGAAAUCGAUAAGAAGCGUAAAAAUCAUGAAGCUCAUCUUAUGGAACUUCAAGCGAAUUUGGCUGAAAGUGAAGAGCACAAACGAGCAUUGAUUGAUCAAUUAGAAAAGGUGAGUAACUCCGAAUUUCUCAGCCAAAAUCAAAAAAAAAAUGUUUCAGACCAGAGAAGAAUUCGAUCAUCUCAAUCGUGUUCGAGAAGAGGAAGAGCAUGCCUUUGGAAAUAUGCAAAGAAAACUUGCCGCCGCUGAAGGACAAAUUCAAGAGCUCAAUGAACAAAUUCAAGAGGAAACUCGCGCUAAAAUUGCUCAAAUCAACAAAGUUCGACAAUUGGAAGAUGAACGAAAUGCACUUCUUGAAGAAAAAGAUGAAGCUGAAGGAUUCCGUGCACAUCUUGAAAAAGAAAUUGGUUUGGCUAGACAACAAGUUGGUGAAGCCAGAAGAAAGGCGGAAGAUGGUGUUAAUCAACAAAUUGAAGAGCUCCGAAAGAAACAUUUGAGAGAUAUUGAGAAUCUUCAACAACAAUUGGAAGAAAGUGAACAACAGAAGGAGAGAAUUGGGCAGAGUAAGAAGAAGGUUCAACAAGAGUUUGAAGAUGUUGCGAUGGAAUUGGAGAAUAUUCGAAGUUCUCAUCGUGAUGCUGAAAAACGACAAAAGAAAUUCGAAACUCAAAUGGCUGAAGAACGCGCUGCUGUUCAGAAGGCACUUAUUGAUCGAGAUGCGAUUGCUCAAGAAUCAAGAGAUCGUGAGACAAGAAUUUUAUCGUUGUUGAAUGAAGUUGAUCUGAUGAAAGAGCAAUUAGAAGAAUCUGAUAGACAUCGAAGACAACUUCAACAAGAAUUGCAAGAUUCUGUAAGUCAAUUUUUUAAAAAGAAAUUUUUGCAAUAACUCCUGAAUUUUCCAGAUCUCAAACAAAGAUGACGUUGGAAAGAAUGCACAUGAACUUGAAAAAGCGAAACGUGCCCUUGAAGCUGAACUUGUUGAUAUUCGAGUCACUAUGGAAGAACUUGAAGACAACCUUCAAAUCGCGGAAGAUGCUCGUCUUCGCCUUGAAGUCAACAAUCAAGCAUUGAGAGCUGAAAAUGAGAGAGCUUUGAACAAUAAAGAUGUUGAGGCUGAAGAGAAACGAAGAAAUCUUGUCAAACAAAUUCGUGAUCUUGAAAUUGAAUUGGAAAAUGAGAGACGUGGUCGAACUGGAGCUGUUAGUCACAAAAAGAAAAUGGAAUCUCAUAUUGGUGAACUUGAACAACAAUUGGAAGUUUCUAAUCGAUUGAAAGAAGAAUAUAACAAACAAUUGAAAAAGAAUCAACAGAUCAUCAAGGAUUAUCAAAUUGAAUGUGAAGAAACUCGUCAAGCUAAAGAAGAAUUUGCGGCUCAAUUGAGAGAUGUUGAAAGACGUUUGAGAGCUGUUGAAACUGAACGAGAACAACUUCGUGAAGCCAAUGAGGGACUUUUGGCUAUUCGCAAACAACUCGAAUUUGAGAAUGACGAGUUAGAAGAACUCCGCUCAAAGGUUAGUAACUUUUCAUUUCCUCUGCCAAAUUAUAUUUCUAGAGUCAGGAUACUUUAAAAAGAAAACAUGUAAGUUGUACGGUACGAUCAGAAAAAUCCCGCAUGAAAAUUUAAAAAAAUCAAGAAUGAACAUACAAAGUAGAAUGAAAGAACGGUGUGAGAGAGAUUGAAAAUUAUCCUGAAUGACUUGUUAGAUGAUCCCGAAUGAAUGAAAAUUUUAGAAGAAAAUUUCAACCUUUAUUUUUCAGGGAGGUGGUGUCAGUUCUGAAGAGAAACGUAGACUUGAAGCCAAGAUUGCUCAACUCGAAGAAGAAUUGGAAGAAGAGCAAAGUAAUUGUGAAGUUGCGAUUGAUAAACAACGCAAAGCUCAACUUCAACUCGAACAAAUCACCACUGAAUUGUCAGCUGAACGUAAUCUCAACCAAAAAACAGAUGCUGAGAAACAAGCGUUAGAAAGAGCUUGCCGUGAUAUGAAAGCCAAGAUCACUGAACUCGAAUCUGGAGCUCAAUCUCGUUCGCGCGCUCAAAUGUCGGCUUUGGAAGCCAAGAUUCAAUAUUUGGAAGAUCAAUUGAAUACGGAGAAUCAAGAUCGAACUGCUGCUAAUAGAGCUGCAAGAAGAUUGGAGAAACGUUUGAAUGAUUUGACACAACAAUUGGAGGAUGAAAAACGAAAUGGAGAACAAAGCAAAGAAUUGGUAAGGUUUUUUCGAACUGCAAAGAAUUCCCAGCUGUCUUUGAUAUUCGAUAAAUUUUAAAUAAAAAUAAUUUUCAGCUCGAGAAAUCCAACAUCAAACAAAGAAACAUCCGCCGUCAAAUGGAUGAACUUGAAGAAGAAUUAUCACGUGAACGCACCAAAGUUCGAAACCUCCAAAGAGAAGCUGACGAUCUUCAAGACGCCAAUGAUCAACUCAGCAGAGAGAUUUCAAAUCUUCGCGGAAACGCGAAUCGUCGUCGCGCCGAAAACUUGCGACUACGAAAAGCGUUUGAAAUUCCUGGAUCAAGCGAUAAUCUUGCCCGAGAAGAUGAGAAUGAAUCAAAUGUUUCUGGAUCAGAACAUGCUGAUCGAAUGUCAGUUAAUUAAUUAAUCGAUUAAUUGAACAACAAUAAGUAUAUCGAAGGUCACACUGA